CUUUGGCAGGUUCGUCCCCCGAGGCGCUGUGUGUGUGUGCGGGUUCUCUCCUCUUAGCGACAGCCGACCUAGCAUUCGAGUCUGGACCAGCUUACAGAGAAGAAAAAGAGGAAACGCGUUUAAAAAUAUCUGUUACAUAUUCUUAUUUUUGCUCCUUCUGCAAUGUUCGCCACGGUAUCCAUACGCCGUCUGCUGUGAAUCCGUCAAAGUUUUUUUUGUCUCCACCGACGUCGGCUCCAGAAGCAAAAGCAGCAAAAUUGAUGCUUUCGGCUGCGUCUUCCUGUUUGUUUUGACCUGAGUAGCUAGAAGAGGAUCCUGCUCGAGGGAUUCGCGGUCUGUCAAUGAGGAACUACCGGCUCAUCUUCUGCCACAACCUGAAGCAGCCAUAGAUGGUUCAGUGAUUCACUGGCCAGGGGAGGAGAGGAAAGGACACACUUUCACUGCUACACGUGAGGUCUUGCCAGGGUUGUGGUGAGGAGGAGGAGGAGGCCGAGUAGGAGGCCAUGAGGAAGAGCGUGUCUUUGUUGCCAGGCAACGAGGGCGAGAGCUCAGCCAGCACCGCGCGGGUUUUUGGCGUUCCUUUGGAGGAAGUGACUCGGAUGCACACAGUCAGCGGCCAUGAGGUUCCUGCUCUGGUGAAACACAUUGUGGACUACAUUGUGGAGCACGGGCAUCUGGACUUACAAGGGCUCUUCCUGGUUAAUGGCAAUGCAGAGCGGGUGGACUGGCUGCGUCAGCGCUACGACAGCGGGGAGGAGGUGGAGCUGGAGAAGGAAGCUGAUCUGGCGUCAGCGGUCAGCUUGCUGAGACUCUUUCUGCAGGAGCUCCCCGAGCCCGUCAUCCCCACGGCCCUACAAGGACACAUCCUCCAGCUACACCAUGAUUAUAGAAGUGAAGAAGAGCUGUUCAGAAACCUGAAGUUCCUGCUGCAGCAGCUUCCCCAGUUAAACUACUGUCUGCUGCGCUUCCUCUGCCGCUUCCUGAGCAGUGUGGCGUCACUGCAGCAGGAGAGCUGGAACGUCGGAGCAUUAGCUGCUGUCUUUGGACCUGACAUCUUCCAUCUGUCGACUGAAGGAGACGAUCUUCGGGAUCAAGAGUCUGUCAGCAGAGUAUUGGCUGAGCUGUUGGACAAUCAGGAGGGUCUGUUUGACUCUGACGAUGAGGACAUCUCCUCCACCAAUGACUACAGUUCUCUCAAUGAACCGAUAACAGAUCUGUUGGAUGAUGAUAAGUGUGAGGCGGAAUGUGAAGAGUUGCCUCAGGACGGCGAGGAAGGACCAACAGCCUCCGACUUCCAGCAAAACACUGAAGACAGCCCUGCUUCCAGGUGAGGCGUGGUCCUUCAGUUCCAAACUGCACCUG